AUGUCUGACUCUCACUCAUCAACUCGAGCCACUGUAGGAGCCAUUGCUACAACACUUUCGUUAUUUAUAUCUCAGCCUUUAGACUUUAUGAAAGUCAGCCAGCAGAUCCGCGCUAUGAAUAAUAAGGUUGAGAUCAUAAGAGGCAGUCCUCUUGCCCAAUCAGCAGUCGCCCAAAAAGGAUGGUCAGCUUUGUAUACAGGAUUUGGCCCAGCUUUAUUAAGAACUUUCACUUUCGGCAUUGGGAGAACCUAUAUAUAUCAUCAUUUCCUCUCAAGCGAAGCAAAUCAAGAUAGAUAUCAUUCAGUUUCGACUAUUAGCAAAACAGUGUGUGCGAUGACCGCUAGCUUUAUAAUGGCCUUCCUUUUAAACCCUCUAGACGUGAUUCUUACAAGAAUGCAGGCUAGUUAUGUGCUUACGCCAGAAUUGGCAUAUCAGUACAAAGGCCUACUCUCAGUCCCUAGUCUUUUUGGGAACGGUAAGCUCUUUUAGUCAAAUAAACUGAGUUUGUAUUAUAAUAAUAUAAAAUUUUCUAUAAAAAAAGGAAGCUUGCGAAUAGGAGGUUUCUUUAUAGAGGAUAUGCUUGCUGGAGCCCUACCAAACUCCCUUCAUAAAUCUAUGCUAUCUUUUGGCAUGCUCGGCACCUAUGACCAAACUAAGUCUUUCUUGGCCAACAACUGGGGAGAUGUGACUGGAGUAAAAGCAUUGGCAGCUUUAUUUGCAUCUCUUGCAGGCGGGAUCUUUGCUCUGCCAUUUGACAACAUUAAAACUAAACUGCAGAUCCAAAAAGAAGGGCACGAAAUUUACAGAAGCUUCUCAGACUGCUUUUCCAAAACUCUUCAUAGAGAAUCCAUAUGGGGAUUCUACGUGGGAUAUUGGCCUUUUGUAGGAAAACUCUUCAUCAGCUCGCUCUUACCAAUUUAUAUUUUGGAAUUCUUGCGCUCAAUAAACUAA